AUGAACCUGCACUCAGCUCAGAGUGAGUAUCUCUGCCACCCGGGUGAUUCGAACUGCACGACCGUGUUUAAGGAAUCCCUAAGUGCUGAGAGCUACAAGAUGCAGCAUGGACCAUCCCAUGGGCCAACCCCCAUCCACCAUCAUGAACUUGCGCGCCUGUUUCCUCCUGUGGAGAUCCCGGAUCACGCUCACUACAUUAUUGGGUCGGUCAUUCUCAUAGUGGGGAUUACAGGUGUAAUAGGAAAUGCGCUGGUCAUUUACGUGUUCUGUCGCAGCCACUCACUACGUACACGAGGCAACAUGUUGGUGGUCAACCUGGCUGUGUCUGACUUCUUCAUGUCGCUCACACAGUCACCUGUGUUCUUUGUGGCCAGCCUGCACCAGCGUUGGGUUUUCGGAGAGCUUGCAUGUGAACUGUAUGCCUUCUGUGGUGGCCUCUUUGGGAUCUGCUCCAUGAUGACUCUAACAGCUAUAGCCGUCGAUCGCUGCCUCGCCAUAACCCGGCCUUUUGCGUUGCUAGGACAAGUCAGUCAAAGCAGAGCUGGUACAGUUUUAGCCCUGCUGUGGCUCUAUGCUCUGGGCUGGAGUAUACCACCUUUCUUUGGAUGGAGUGCUUAUGUUCCAGAGGGUCUCCAGACCUCCUGUUCUUGGGACUACAUGUCUUUCACGCCAUCGGUGCGCACCUACACCAUUCUUUUGUUCAUGUUUGUCUUCUUCAUCCCUCUGAGCAUUAUUGGUGCCUGUUACUUUGCCAUGUUCCAAGCCAUUCGAAAAACACGGAGAGAGGUCAGACAGCUUGACUCCAGUGAGACACAUAAGGUGCUCGAAUGCAUCAAGACCGAAUGGAAAAUGGCGAAAGUGGCCCUCUUGGUCAUCUUACUAUUUGUGAUUUCCUGGUCACCAUACUCUGUGGUGGCUCUCACAGCCACAGCUGGCUAUGCCCAUGUCCUCACUCCUUAUAUGAACUCCAUCCCUGCAGUACUCGCCAAGGCCUCUGCCAUCCACAACCCCAUAAUCUAUGCUAUUACACACCCUAAAUACCGACAAGCCAUUGUGCGCUAUGUUCCUCUUCUUCGCCCUAUCCUGUGUGUUGGAACGAAUAAGCGCUCAUCCUCUGUCUCGAGCAGUGGUACCUCUUCUCAUCAGACAGCCCUAACCAGCCAGCAUCCCCUGGGCGUCUGGAUUGGCAAUGCCACGCGUGUUAACUGCCACUGGCGGAAGACACGGCUGUCGUCUGCUUCUGAUACAGAGUCCUGCUGGACAGACAGUGAGGCUGAUGGCUCCAGUGCCAACUCGCUGCCUUUCGCCAGACGUGUGUCGACAGAGAUCUCUUCAGAUACUGCCAUCCCUCCAGAGCAGGCUGGCAUGAGCACAGGAAUUGGGCAGAAAAUGGUCAAAGCUGACAGAGUUAGUAGCAUGCCUGUGCCUUCCAUUAUUCUGGAACCAGAGGGAGGAUUGCUUUCUGAUGGUAAAACUUUUCUCCUAUCAGAUAACUGA